AUGCUCUCACGUGUUGCUGCAGUGAAGGCACCCCGCACACACAACCGUCGCCGCGUGACCGGAUCCAGCGGAAGGAGGAGGGAAGGAGGAGAGAGUGAGCCGCAGAGGCCCAACAUGUCCCGGCGUGUGUUUACUUCCGUGCUUCUGCUUCUCUUCGUCGUGAUGAUGUGCUGCGGCACUGGAGCUGCAACCGCUGAUGUGGGGGCGGCAGAAGCUAAGGGAUUUUCACCGGAGAAACCGUUUCAUUGGAGGGAUGUGAAAAAAGAUGGGGGAACAGUGAGUUCUUUACGUGCUCCAGUUCUUGUUGAGGUGAAUGGCGGUGUGUUUGCCGUUGUUGAAGCGCAGUGCAAGAAGGGUGAAAAAAGAUUUACUGGGAUUGCCUCGAAGCUCCUGACGUUGACCGACGAAACAUUAAAAGAGGAUUUGGAUGCAACUCAAUUGAAGACACAAUUACUGGUGGAAUGCUCUUCCGACGAUGUGAAACCCGGCUGCCGUGUGGCGGUUCAGGAAUCUGGUUCUCCAAACGAGCAGAUAGUAGAUGUGGGCCGACCAACAACAGUUGUUGAGGGAAACGAUAUUUACAUGCUUGUUGGAAAACACAGCCAUGAAAAUCUCGCUGAAUGUAAGGCCACGAGCGAGAAGUUCAAAUCGGGAAUGUUGCUGGUGAAGGGUGAGGUCAGUGGUGAAGGCGGUAACAAACAAAUCCAUUGGAACGAUACUCACGGUGUACCGUGCACUCUAGGCGACCACCAAAACUCCUUGAAGCGGCUGAUCGGCGGUGGUGGAUCGGGUCUUAAGAUGAAGGACGAUACGAUUUUGUUUCCAGUGGAAGGCACGAAAAAGGAAGGUGACGCAGAAGAGGAUGGAAAGACCGUUUCGCUGAUCAUAUACUCCUCGAGUACUUCUGAGAGUUGGAAGCUAUCAAACGAGGUUCCUGCCGAUGGCUGCAGUGAUCCCUCGGUCGUGGAGUGGGAGAAGGACAAAAAACUCAUGAUGAUGACUGCGUUUGGUGAUGGCCGCCGCAGGGUGUACGAGUCCGGUGACAAGGGGGAAUCGUGGACGGAGGCGCUCGGGACACUCUCGCGCGUGUGGGGCAACAAACAUGGCGAAAAAGCGAAGGGCGUUAGAAGCGGGUUCAUCACGGCGAAGAUUGACGGUGUUGAUGAUAAGAGAAAUGUGAUGCUCGUCACUCUGCCGGUGUAUUCCAAGGAGGCUGAUACAGGAGGCGCUCAAAAGGGAAAACUCCAUCUUUGGCUGACGGACAAUACGCACAUUGUUGAUAUUGGACCGGUAUCCGGAGAAGGAGACGAGGAGGACGUUGCCGCCAGCUCCCUGUUGUACAGAAGUGGUAAAGAUGGUAAAAAUAAGCAGGAGUUGAUUGCACUGUACGAGAAGAAAGGCGAUGAGAAAGAAACAUCAACCGGUAUGGUCUCUGUGCUUCUGACUGCGCAGCUGGAGCGGGUGAAGGAGGUGCUGACGACAUGGAAUGAAGUGGACAAACGUGUUUCCCAGCUGUGCCCUUCAGAGAGUGAUGUGGAGACUAUCUCACCUGGCAAUGCCUGCAGCCCUACUGUUAAGAUCACGGAUGGGCUGGUUGGCUUUUUGUCCGGCAACUUGUCUGAUGGCACAUGGAAAGACGAGUACCUCGGGGUGAACGCCACAGUGAAGGGGAAUGAUGGGGGUAAUAAGGCAACAUUGCAUGCCAGCGGAGUGAAGUUCCAGGGAGCGUGGGCGGAGUGGCCCGUUGGCAAGCAGGGGGAGAAUCAGCUGUACCACUUUGCGAACUACAACUUCACUCUUGUGGCGACGGUGUCCAUCCACGGUGAGCCGAGGGGAGAUACCUCCAUUCCUUUGAUGGGUGCGAAGAUGAAUGACAGCGGGAAGACUGUGCUCCUGGGACUGUCGUACAACGGCGGAGGUAAGUGGGAGUUGUCUUGCGGUGGCGGAAAGACCGAGGAGCACAGCAGCGAUUGGGAGACAGAGAAAUCAGAGCACGUGGUAAUUUUGUUACGGAACGGCAACCAGAGCUCUGCGUACGUCGAUGGAAAGCUCGUGGGGAGUGCAGAAUGUGAAUGUGAAAACACGAAGGAUAAGGAGAUCUCACACUUCUACAUUGGAGGGGAUGGAGGCAGCGCAGAGGGCCAAGAAGGCGAGUCUGUGACUGUGACGAACGUCCUGCUGUACAACCGUCCGUGGACUGAAGAGGAGGUUGGCGCCCUCAACCCGAAUAAAGUCCCCAUUACGUCUCCGGUAACCGAAAAUAUGCCGGAUACCAUGUUGCAGUCUUCUGCGAAACCACAGCCGUCGGAACAGGAAACGUUGACGACGAAUAUUGGUGGUGUCGGUGGCGUUUUAUCCAGAGCAGCUUCCACUGCUACGACUCCCUCGUCUGAUUUUGCCCAAGAGGCGGCAACAAGGAGUGGAGAUACGAUGCUGGGAAAUGGAUCACCCCAAACUCCUGAGGUGGGCGUGAGCUCUGGUGCGAAUGAGGAGACGACGGAAGGGAGGGAUGGGCAGAAAGAGGGAAUCCAUGCACAGCACGGCGAAGUAAAUGCCACGGCACUCAGCAGAAGUCUCGGAAAUGUGUCGCAGGGAAAUAACAGCGAUGCCGGCACUGUGCGUGGGAGCGGACUGCUGCCAUCGCUGCUUCUUCUGCUGUUGGGACUGUGGGUGUUUGCGGCUCUGUGA